CUCCACGUGGCUGGCCUUUCCAUGCUAGCUCGGUGCGUGGUUCCCCAGAUUGGCACCCAUACCCUUGCAUUGGUGGUCUUUCAGCUGAACACCAGGGCAGUACAGCCUACGAACUAGCUCCACUCCUAUCAAUAGUUUGGACCUCGCGCGCGGCCUCAGUUCUUUAGUCUUCAUUGGAGUAACGUCCUGGGGGCCCAAGAGCAUGAACAUCAUUCUAUUCGCAAGAAAGACAGUCAAAGAUGCUUUUCGGCGUUCGACUCUGGCGCUUCAUUGUAUGGCAACCCAAGAGAUCUUGAAGAGGACGCCAGUCCCCCCUCUCCCUUCGCAACACCUCUCUCAAAUUCGGAAAACACCAAGUAUCAGUCUUGGAUCUUCUGUUCACUGUUGAUGAUACCUCCAAGACAUAUUCUCUCGCAACCCAUUGACCAUAAUAGCUUUCACAAUGGCGCAACCACUCUGCUUCUUCAUACCAGAUCACAUCUUCACACCCACCACAAACAAUCAUGCCGUUGCAAACAAUGUACGAAAGCCAAAGAAGAGCAACUUGCAGGCCAAUGUAAGCUACCAAGUAGCCAACUCUUGGAGCAGCAAGAAAGCCUCAGAAGGCGAGGACUUGGCACUCUUUGAGGUGUCAAAUGAGCUCGUCAUCGAAAGCUUCGACGAGAUUCAGGCAAACGAAGUAGAACAGCCUGUUGAAGAGGCUUAUACUCCUACCAAAGCGGUCAGAGAUGGCUACGGGAACACUCUGAGCGAGACGAUCCGCAUCCCCCGAGAUGACCUCAAAUUCCCUGACUCAGUACCGGUUGAGCAAUCCCGCUGCGUCUUCGACCUCCAAUUCUGCAAACACCCUUGGGACUUCCCCGGUGUCCUGAUGCGAUCCGAAGGCGAACCCGCCCUCGAGCGCCAAGGCGACCCAGCAGUCAACCAAUGCUACGACCACAUGGGCAUCGUGCGCGACUUCUACCGCGAGGUGUUUGGCAACCACGCCAUCCUGGGCGAAGGCAUCCCUCUCGUCGGCAUAGUCCACUACGACUUCUACUUUCCCAACGCAUGGUGGCACGAGCGCGACGAGAAGGACGAAGGCUCCGUCCCCGGACUCAUCUUUGGCGACGGAUGGGACACGGACCCCUGGAAGAACAACCAGCCGACUAAGUGGUACGGCGGCUGCUUCGGUAACUUUGUCGGCAGCCUAGAGAUUGUGGCGCACGAGAUGACGCAUGGUAUGGUGCACUCGCUCGUGAAGCUGGAGACGACGGGGCAGAGCGGAUCGCUGCAUGAACACCUUGCUGAUGUGUUUGGGACCAUGUGCGAGCAGUGGCACAAGAGGCAGGCUGUUGGCGAUGCGGACUGGCUGGUUGGGGAAGACCUUAUUGCUGAGCAGUUUAAGGAUUUGCAGGGGUUUGCGCUGAGGUCUGUCAAGGCGCCGGGGACGGCGUAUAAGGUUGAGGAGUUGGGGAUUGCGGAUGUGCAGGUGGAUCACAUGAACAAGAUGAUUGCGGACGAGAGAGACGUCAAAAACAUCUACGCCAAUAUGGGGAUCUUGAACAAGGCUUUUUACCUUGUUGCGAAGGCGUUAGGGGGGAACUCUUGGGAGAAGCCGGGCAAGAUCUGGUAUGCUGCGCUGAAGUAUCUCCAUGAUUUGGGGAAGACGAAGUGCAAUAUCGGUGAAUGGGCUAGCAUCACGGUGAAAGCUGCUAAGAAGCUGUUAAAGCAAGGAAUUGUUGAGCAGAAGGAUAUCGAUGCGGUUCUAGAUGCGUGGAAGGAGGUUGGGGUGGUGGUGAAGUAGACGGAAUUGGGAAUGCUGUCUCGAAGAGUGAGCCAAUAUCAAUACUACUUCUUGUUCAGGAUCUCAACAAGGUCCGCUGGCUCAAUGGC